AUGUCAAACGAUGACAAGGCACGCGCGGCAGCUGCACAGCUGGUGAUUGAUGAUGAACCUGAUGACUGGGACAAGCGCAUCUACAGCACGGGCUGUGCGGAUGAGAAUGCGAAAUUGACGGACUGUUACUACGAAAAAAAGGAUUGGCGAGCCUGCAAGCAAGAGAUGGAGAUUUUCCGCCAAUGUUGGCAGCGACAUGGCAACGACAAGCGGACAGCUUCAAAAGACGCUUGA